AUGGACAUGAAGCCACCCACCUUGGCCCCUGGAUUCCCUUCCCGGAUCACAGCGCUCCUCUGCUUGUUCACUAAGAGUUCUCAGAGCGAUAAAGGGGUCCUGAGCCUCAGCUCCUCCCAGGCCUGGGGUGUCUGGGGUUCGGACUGUGCUGCAGGCCAACACGAGGGCAGCCGUGCCUGUGAGGUUGGUGGUGCUGACGUUGGCUCUGCGAGGUCGGCUCAAGUGCCUCCAACCACCCCACGGACAAAGAGCCAGGGAUGCCUGGGCAGGGACCAGGAGUGCCCACCACCCAUCCCACCUCAGCCCCCACCUCCCCUAAGCAAACCUGCUUCCUGGUCUCUAACCCCAAGGACCUCACUGACCCCAGCAUUCCCCCAGGUGAAGACCAAGCCCUACUAUGGCAGCUGGAGAGCCGCAGGCCUGCUGCUGCUGCUGGCAGUGGCCACUACAGGGGCCGUGGCUGGGGGGCUUCUUGGCUUUGCUCACAGCCCUCCCAAGCCACUGCCGCAGAUGCUCCGGUUGACUCUCCUGAGCCCCCGGGUGCUCAGGUCCAACCAAACCACCCUGGUGGAUGCGGCCCAGAACACAGCAACCAUCAUGGUGACUCCACCGCAAAGCAACCGCAGCUGGGUGGUGCUGUUCGACGGGCAAAGUGGCUGCAUCUGUUACCGCCCUGCGGAGCACCAGGCCUGCUUCCUCCGCCUGAUGGAGGCCCAGGAUUGGGACAUGCUGCAGCUGCUGGUGAACACCUCGAGGGCCCGAGGGGCUCAAAGCCCCACCCAAGACACCCACUAUGCCCAGGAGCUCCUGGCAGUGCUUGGGAGCCACGCAGUGGACCCUGCCCAGGUCGGGGUUUUGGUGCAGCAACUUUGUGCCAAGACCCCCAUCUACUGGGCCCGCCGAUCAGAGGGACCCCGGAGGCAGCGGUUGAUCUAUCUCUGCAUUGACAUCUGCUUCCCAAGCAACAUCUGUGUGUCAGUCUGCUUUUAUUACCUCCCAGACUAAGCCCUCUGGCCUGGCUCAGCCCGGCCUUGGUCCCCACAGGCCCACCCUUUCCCCAGGUUGCCAGCACCACGGAGGGCAGCUGCAGCAGGAACUAAUAAACCCUUCCACCUAGCA